AUGGGCAAGCCGCGGGUGAGUUUUCUCUCUCGCACGCAGUCGCCCACCAUUCCCGAUCACCGGGUUAGGCUCACUGCGGAAGGGCACCGCCAGGCGUUGGAAGCCGGUUCCCGCCUUCGCGAGCUUCUCCGACCUGACGACACCAUCCAUUUCUUCACCUCGCCGUACCGCCGCACGCGCGAGACCACCGAGGGGAUUCUCCAGUCGCUCACUUCCGAUUCGCCGGCGCCGUCCCCCUUUCCCCGGCACACCAUCAAGGUGUACGAGGAGCCGCGGCUGCGCGAGCAGGACUUUGGGAACUUCCAGCCAUGCUCCGCCGAGAUGGAGCGCAUGUGGCUGGAGCGCGCGGACUACGGCCACUUCUUUUACCGCAUCCCCAACGGGGAGUCGGCCGCCGAUGCCUAUGAUCGCAUUAGCGGGUUCAACGAGUCCCUGUGGCGGUUGUUCGGAGAGGACGACUUUGCCAGUGUCUGCGUCCUGGUGACCCACGGGCUAAUGACCCGGGUGUUUUUGAUGAAAUGGUACCAUUGGAGCGUCGAGUAUUUCGAGGAUCUCCGCAACAUCAACCACUGCGAGUUCGUCAUCAUGAAGCUCAACCCGGAUAACGGGAAGUACGUCCUGCAGAACCAACUGCGCACAUGGUCCGAGUUGCGACGCGAGAAAGCGCUGGAGACGCAGCGAGACCGCACGGCGAAGGGUCUCAGUCCGCUUCCCUUGACGCCGUCGGACACCACUCCUCCCAUUCGCCGCAAGUGGGGUGGUUGUCCUGACGGGUGUAACCACGGCAUUCGUCGUAAGGGCUCACUGCGCACCACCAAACCGAGCGCGACAGAGUCCCACCGACACGGGCAUAAAGCGACUGACAUCGCGCCCCACGACCCGCCUGUCCAGAAGGAGACGAAAGACACUACAGACGUGUGCACGAAGAGAACCCCCAAGACGACGGAGCAGGAAAUGCUGAUGGCUCCCGAACCCGCACUGGGAGAUCGGACGAAAGAGGCAAAGCCCCUGCAAAACACCAUACCUUCGCCGCGACCUCAGUACACUUUUCUCGGACUCGAUGCAAAUACAAACGUGAUCAAUACCGACGCUCGGGUAGCAACAAAUCUCCAUGCCAUGACCAGUGCGACUAACAAGCAAAAUGACUUGGAUCGCCAAACCCCCUCUGCACCUAAUCCUAUUCCCAAACGACCAGACUUGGCGAGCUUCCACCGCGACAGUGAAGACCAUCUUCUGCACCCCCCGCGGUCAAACUACGGACUGUUCCAUUUGGGCGGCCGUGACGGGGGAGGGUCCAUGAGCGGCACGAAUAGCCUCGCCCCAUCGGAAGAUGAGCACGAAACGCCAGCACGGCCCGACCCUCGUCCCCAGCUACAUCAGUCUAAACCGUCUCAGGAUCUUGGGAACGACGGCGACGACGAGGGAAGCGGCUCGCAAACACAACGGCCGCGGCGCGCGCGCUCACACCAUCGUCAUCGCCAUAAUCAUCUCCACGGGACAAUGAGACGGAACCUGGCGAAGAAAGACGCCAGCUUCGGGGAGAGAGAGCCCGACGAAGGGGUGGCUGUGGAGCCGGAAUUGAGCCAUCGCGAGGGUGAGCAUGACGAGGAACACCACGGCGAUGAUGAUGAUGGGGUUGAGGAUGCGGAGCUUGAGGCCCAGCGACGGGAGGAUCAGAGCAUUAGAGGGAGCGUUUAUUGA